AUGUUACCAUUAUGUAUAAAAGACGACGAGUACAAGCCAGCCAAAUUCAACCUCCUCGCCAAGAUUUCAGGAUGGUUCAGGUAAAUUGUCGUUUUAUGUUUUAGUUAGCUAGCUAUUUUGAAUCUAUGCCAAUUCAGAUAUCUGAAAAUUAUGCCGUAGAUGAUGCUGUAGCUACCUAGUUAGUAAGCUAACGUUAGCUUCCUGAAACAGAAUGGACUUGUUAGCUAGCGUAGCUAAUUUACCAUCCACAUUGGUUGCUGACGAGAGAGAUAUUUGUUUCCAGCUAACUAGCUACAUAGACAAAAAUAUGCCUAGGAUACAGUAGCUGGCUAGCUAACAUCAGAUGCAGGAAUGAAUUUCUAGCCAACACAGCUGGAAGUUAGCUACUUCCGAUUUACUUAACUAUCUAGUAGUAACUCAAUUAUCUAACCUAGAGGGGUUGUAUAAUAUUCAAUAUUUGUGUGCGGUCAACAUGUUUGUACAGCAAAAUUGAUACAAUAUUUGACAUAGCUACUAUUCAUUCAUAAACUGAUAUACCAGCAAUAUGCUCGACUGUUGUGAUUAGCGCAUGGCUAGCUUGCGGCUUUCAUCAGCUGGGAUUCUAACUCAGUGCAAUUUCUUAUUUUUCAGAUCAAUCCUAUCUGAUAAAACAUCACGCAAUUUGUUUUUCUUUCUCUGUCUGAAUCUGUCCUUUGCAUUUGUGGAAUUAUCGUACGGCAUAUGGAGUAACAGGUAAGUUCUGACCGUAUAUCAAUCGAAACACACGCAACUCUAAUUUCAGGAUGUGCCACGUAUGUCAAAGUAUUGUGCCAUAGCCGUUGCUUGCACUGCCCCUAUCAGUGGGAAUGCACCACAAACUAUAUCUUUUUUAGGUAGUUAGAGAAAAUUGCUAUUCCCCUGUGUAUUAAAAUGUCUAUUCAGCUUGACAUCUGUUUGUGCAUUAAUUUCUGCCAGGACAUCCUACCUGCAACGUGUUCAAAUUGCCUGGAACCAGCUGAUUAUCUGUCUGGUCCACCAGGCUAGUGUUCAAAUGUCACUAUCAUAAAAUGUAUGUCUUUCCAUAGACAAGUAACUAGCUAAAACUAAUAUGUGCAAGAAUAAAUAUAUUGUUUUAUCAGCCAUUACUUAGUCAUUCAUAAAAGGUCUGUUUUAUUGUGCUCUCAGUUUAGGUUUGAUAUCAGAUUCCUUUCACAUGUUCUUCGACUGCACUGCACUUUUAGCCGGACUUGCAGCCUCAGUGAUCUCCAGGUGGAGGUCGAAUGACUCCUUCUCAUAUGGGUACGUAUGCGAUCAAUGUAGACCAGGGGUGUCAAACAUAUGGCCCGUGGGUGGUUUGAUCUUUUGCUAUAGCAGUAUCGAAAGGCGUUUUUAAGAUGUUUUAAUUGAUGUAUACGAGCACUCACGUACCCGUUCCCCCGCAUAUUCAGUGCUGCGCCUCCACCCUUGAGGCUUUUCCACUCUGCAGACCCGUACCAACAGACUACACUGUCGUACGGCUCCAGAAGUGUCUGAUACCGGUAUCACAUUAACCAAGUCGACUUUAAUGAAACCAAGGUUAUUUCUUGACAACACAACAAGGCUUUUUCACUGAAAUCCAGUGGUACUCUUUAGAUACCAAGGGAAGUCAACCCCUCAGUGAGGGAAACCACAGAAGGUUCCACAAAAGAGGAGUACUUAUGUUUGACUCCCCUCCAGAGAGCUGAUUCUGAAGCUUCUCGACGAACGCGGCUAAAAGCCUUUGCAUCCCAUCCUCGUCACUAUUAUGGAAAGGAUAUUUUCAGGUGAAUAAAAGAGAAGAGCAGUCGUUGAUAAGUUACAAAGGUUACGCUGCCUCAAACUGAUAAGGUGUGUCUGCUAAUGUUUCCAUGUUGACGUUUGUGACGGCGCCACUUUCCAAGCGUAUACGGUUACCUGCAUUAUUUUUGAUCUAAUGCCUUUAUUGAUAUCCAAGGUUGCCAAUCCUCCUGGUGAGCACUAAAGCGUUCUUUGACAGAAUUUGCACCUUCACUUGGGCUGUCACGGUAAUUGUAUAAUCGUGUAACCGAUGAUUAUGGAUGAAGACUGUGAUGAAAGUAAAAUAACAGUCAUAACCGUUUUUAAAAAUGUUUUAUUAACUUCAUUUUUAAGUCGACAAACUCUACCCAAAAGCAGUCAAGUAAAAGUAAGCCUGGUUCACAUAUAACAGCUGAUAUAAGAUGAGAGGAGCGGAGACAAAGCUAGCCUGUUUUAGAAUGUUGUGAACAAACAGCUGACUGAAGACUGCUGAAGCUGGAAGUUUCCAUUUCCAUGGUAACAUGAAACUUUGUUGCUCCUUGUUUCAGCAAGGGUUUGUCACAAACGAGUAUCAUGAAAUGCAUGCAGCCAAUGGCUUACCAAAAACAGGGCACACUGACCAUUAGGAGCGGAGGAGAAAAUGUGCUGCCCUUUUCUUUUUUUUUUUUUACUAUACGAACGAUUAUAACGGUGGUCAUUUGACUGACAAAUAAGUCAUCCAAAAUUCCAUGACUCACAGCCCUACCUUCAGUACACAUUUGGAUGUGUGUAUUGCUACUCAGGUAACAAAGGUGGUGCAGCUGUUUUAAAUCCCAUUGGUAUUUGGAUAGGUGAUUAGCCUUUAUUGUUUACCUGUGUGUACUGUUCUCAUUCUUGUCAUCUGUUGUGUUUUUCAGGUAUGUGAGGGCGGAGGUGUUGGCGGGGUUUGUGAAUGGCCUGUUCCUCAUCUUCACUGCCUUCUUCAUUUUCUCAGAAGGCGUAGAGGUAUGCCACAGAACACAAUCAUUUUCAUCAUAUAACAUAAUGAAACCAGGUUGAUUUAGAAUUAUUUUCAUGGGCCUAGUGCUUGGACAAUACCGGACAAUGUGAUUUAACUCAAAUUGACAAUUGUAUCUACCUUUUAUUUAAGAUGAUCAAUUCUGAAUAACAUCAUUGUGAUGUUGUUUGACUGGUCUUGUCUCCUGCUGCUUCUGACAGAGGGCUUUGGAGCCGCCACACGUGAAUCACGAUCGCCUGCUACCCGUGUCCGUCGCUGGGUUGCUGGUCAACCUGGUGGGUAUCUUUGUGUUCCAGCACGGGGGCCACGGCCACUCUCACGGAGGUGAUGAAGGUAAGACCAGGACAUCCCUCUCUCUCUCCAGUGUCACUUUACACCUCCAUAUCACUACAUGUUCCCCUAAUCCUCACACUCUGCCAAGUGGUCACUCCUUUCCUGAUCAUUUCUCUCUUCAAUGUUCCUGUACUUCCACCUUGCGCUUCUAUGCUAGGUCUAAAAGCAAAUAGUAUUGGGGUGGAGCCAUGAGGUGAUUUGCCUUUUCCCCCUAAGGUUCCUUUACUUGGCGGUCCCCCAAGUUGUUCACUCAAAUCCUCCCAAGGCUCACUUGUUUGGCUUUCUCUCUACUCUUUCUCUCCCAAGUACCUCUCUCUCUUUCCCAAGUCCCUAAUUAUUUUGCCAGAUUAAAUUAUUCUAUAUUGUGCUAAUUUCCCUAAUGUGGACAGUUUGUGUUACUACCUUACACAAGCUUGAAUUUUCUCCCCAUAAAAUGUAGUGGAAUUACCUGUUUUACCUCAGAUUGGUGAUGUUAGUAUAACAGUUUACAGUCAUCACGAUGACAUAAGAUUGAUUGCUUAAAACAGAUCAAUAUCUUUGGUUUUGUGCCAUUGAUUUUGUCACGUGCCGGGAUGCGCAGGACUUAAAACGCGUUAAUGAAAUGGUACCAAAAGUUUGCGGCUGUGGUCCAUUCUAGGAAAGUCGAUCUUUAUGCCCAACAAAAAAACCCCCAUACAUGGAUUUGACAAUCAACAUCACUUAACAGCAGCCCCCCGUGGCCCUGUUGAUUCCAGCCGCGUGUGAUUGAUUUUAAGAAGUGAUUAACAAAAAAGGUGUUUUGUUACACUUACCACAUUAGGAAGCCUCCGAAAUCAAACAGGCAACCCAAAUCAAGAUAUAGUCUUCUAUAGUUUUUAACAAAUGUUGGUCUACCAAUCCAUGUUUGAUAGUGGUUUUUGAGCUGUGUUAGUUUUAACAGGACGUGCAACCUCAUCUCCCCCUCUUGCGCAAUUGAUUUCAACGUGAUAUCUUUCCGUUUUGGCGACCCCCAAAUCCAAAUGCAUCACUCCAAAGUGUAGCUGACUGUCUUCUGCAGGUUGUUCUCUAAACAGUGAUGUAAAAAAACAUCUCCAGUUUCCAUUAGAUGUUGUUAUUUUCAACAGCAUUCAACCUGUUCCCCCCCCCCCCCCCCCCUAAUCAAUAUCGGUGAUUUGUUGCCACUUGUCAAAACAACCAUUUUUUUGUGUGUGUGCAGUUUUAUAAGGUGCUUGUAAAAAUAAAAUAAAAAAUGCUAGUAAUAUGAUUACUAUUGUUGCACAUGUAUGUGUAGAUAGUACAGUUUAUGUUUUCAAUAAAUCACAAACUGUUUCUGCAUAUUGGUUAUUGAUUUGGACUCAUUCAAACCUGAUAUUUAUCUAGAUGCCUUGUCAACAGGAAGCAGCGAUAGCAUAAUUUUCAGUUUUAGGAAUAUAAAUUGAACUUUCAACAUUAAUUUCCAUUGGUAUUGUACUUAAUCAGGUAUAAACUGCUGUCCAAAAACCUGCUGCUAUUUUAUUUUGAUGAUAUACCAGAAAUCACCAAAAUGGGUUUGCCCUGCCUACGUCCUCUGCAAUGGCCAUUCAUUCACUCCACCGUUCAGCAAACAUCAUUGCUGCUUCUGGUGCUCACCUUCACUCCACCUUCUUUGGUUCCGUUCUUCUGUCUCUCCGAGGAGAUUUACUCUAGUAUGGCUUUGGUCAGGUUAAUUAGCUGAACACUUUCCUCAAGCAGGGAGCACCCUGAAUAGAAGAGCACCAAGGCCAAGUGUAUUCUCAUUCACCUUUCAUGUUCAGUAGAAUGUUUUCCUCCUGACACAGAUUUAGCUGUAGGUGUUUGUGCACAAGAAUAAACUGGGCCACUUCAGUAAUAGUAACAAUAGUAAUAAUGAUAAUAAUCUGUGUCUUCUAUCUCUGCAGGUCACGGCCACAGCCACUCUUUGUUUAAUGGCAGUGCGGGUCACGGACACAGCCAUGGGGGGCAUGGGCACGAGUCCAAACACGGAGAUGGGCACAGCCAUGGAGACGGGCACAGCCACGGAGGGCACGGCCACUCCCACGAUGAUCCCCACUGCCACGGUGAGACCACAACACCUUCUGGCACAGAAAACAGAAUGCCUGUAAUGCAGUGUGAAAUAAUUAUCCUGUCUCUUGUUCUAGACUUGGUAGUUAUUUCAGUGGGUUGCAAUGUUUUAACCCCAUUUAGGUAAAUACACAAAACAUUUGAGGAGAGUGAAUAUGCAGUGUAUGAAUAUGCAGCAACCAGCAUUUUAAUGAGUUUUCUGCUUCUCAAUGUGUUGGCAUUAUUUAGGGGUCCAAUCCCAAAUCAAUUCCUACCCAGGUCUUUGUUGAUUGCUCAUUUAAAGGGGCAAUAUGGGUUGCUACAUCCGUUUCUGGACUUUUUAAAUUCAUGAUACCCAAUGAUUCUUGGAGUGUAACUUAUAAAUGCUUCGUGAGCUUAGUUCAACUGUCGUACCCCAAAUAUUAGCUUGUUUUACCCCUUUGCUUGUAAACAACACAAUUGUAAACAAACACUGUAUAGCCUCAACAUGGUUAAAACUAUAAUUUUGCUACCAUGGAUGGUCAGUCCUUUCAUCCUUAGCUGUCUAUGAAUUUGAGUGGUCACAUUUUUCCAGCCCCAUACCUCAGCUAUUUACCUAAUCAGUCGCUUUGUUAUUGUUUGAACUGCAGAUUGUGCUUUCAAAGCUCUGUACACAAUGAAUUAGUGGCCCUCUAGCUGAAAAUUACUCUUUGCCUACAACGCUAGGGGGCACUAUUGCCUCAUUGCUGAUACCUUCCAAAUCCUGUCAGCUCUACAAGCGGGACUCAAAGAUGUAGGGGCAAGGGAGCUGUUUAUUAGAUUGUUCAGUGUGAGCAAUUAUUGACGGUUCACUCACUGUUGUCUGUCACUUUUACCACAAUCAGUCUUUGCUUGGUACACAGUUUGACAUGUGAGCUGGCACUUUAAGCGUAUGUGGCAGCACUUCACUCACCUUUCAGUCAUGGUUCUGUAUGGCUCCGUUGGUAGAGCAUGACGCUUGCUCCGCCAGGGUUGUGGGUUUCCAUUCCCGGGACCACCCAUACAUAAUGACUGGAAGUCGCUUUGGAUAAAAGCGUCUGCUAAAUGGCAUUUAUUAUGUAUGUGUUUGUGUAUUGUUGUAUGUUUUAAUUCUGUAAUGUAUUCAUUGUUGUUGCCUUCUUGGCCAUGUCUCCCUUGAAAAAUAGACUGGGUCUCAAUGGGCUUUUCCUGGUUAAAUAAAGGUUAAAUAAAAAAUAUAUAUUGUGUCCCAGCAGACAUCUCGCUGAACCUAUGCAGGCAGUUGAAAUGCUGUUGUAAAUCUCAUUUGUUGUUCGCCCUUUUUUCUAUAGUUAAUACUAAUUGUCUGCUGUAUUUAAUGCAUGUAUUUAUUUAUUCCAGAUGAACUGCACACACCAGGCAAGGGCUCCAGCAAACAGAUUUUGCAAGGUACUGAACAUUGAAAUGACUUGAUGCAUAGCAUAAUCCAGCAAUUUACUCAUAUUUGUUCACUUAUUAUAUGUAUACUGCGCACAUAAUUAUUAUUUUUUUAAAACUUAAAAUAUGUGCUUACGUCGGUACACCACCAUCCGUCACCUCCAUAAUGGGCGAUAAUGUCGUGUGAGAGAUUGUAGUCAUGAAUUUUCAUCCAGUUCAAGAGAAGAAUAUGUGUUGUCUCAAUUUGAUAUCUCCCUUUUAUACAUAGAUGUAAGGUUUUUUGUAGGCCUAUCUGUUUGAUUGUAUUUCUAACAUCGCAGCCAACACAUUUGAAAUGGUGAGAGAUUAUAUGGGACGUUGGUGGGGGAACAUUCAAGGCACCAAUUACAUCUGAGAAAGAAUCCAGGAGCACUGUCACUUUAAAUCGCUUUGUCCAGGCUUCUAUGGGAAAGGGCUGAAAAGUGAAAGUAGUUUGUCCCUUUCACCAAGCACAUAGAGAGAAAUGAAGAGUGAGAAAGAAUGGGGCCUUUGGGAGGCCUACUCAGGGUAAACACUGGGCCCACACAGAAGUUGGGGUGGCAAAGGGGGCUCUGGAGGGGGAGGGGAGAAAUAAAAGGGGGAGGUGACAGUGCAAAAGGUGACUUAACCCCUGUCCUUGUUUAGCCAUUGGUUGAGGACUUUUCCUCUGCUUUGGGUUUAAUUGUUAUGAAGCUAGUCUAUCCCAGGAGGUUGGUUGAUAUAUCUUGUCAAGCACUGUGUUUUCCCUUCACAAAGUGCACAGUACUUUUGGCAUGGAAUGAAUUCCUCCAACAUUCCUUUUCAUCUUCAGUUUUCACCAAAAAUCUAAAACCUUGCCACAUCAAAGGUCCUGUGUCACUGUAAUAUUAUGCCUCCUGUGCAAUUGCAGUACUAGAUUGGGCUUCAGAAAAUGCCCCAAAUUAAAAAUAUAGGUUAUAGGCACAGUAGCACUACCAGUAUUGCACUACUUUGCUUUAUCUUGGCCAGGUCGCAGUUGUAAAUGAGAACCUGUUCUCAACUGGCUUACCUGGUUAAAUAAAGGUGAAAUAAAAAAUUAAAAAAUAGCAAAUUAUCAUUGUUGGUUGAAGUGCCCCUUUAAACACCUGGAAAAGGUUUUGAGGCUAAAACCUUUUUGUGCAGCAAUUAAUAUGAUUUCACUGUCUUAGCCUAUAAAAAUGUCAGCCCAGAGUCAAGGGAAGAGAGUCCAGCGCUCUUACAGCAGAAUCAGAGCUGUGCCUUACAUACAGUACAAAUCAACCUCCUGCUCAACUGGGUUAAAAAAUGAAAGUCUUUGACCGCUUUCUUACAGUGGCUUGAUUUCCAAAGUCGGAAUACUUAUGUCUUGAGCAUGAAUGUUAAAAAGUACGUUUUUUUUUUUACUUCUGCCCUGUGUUGCUUGCGGGACUUGUACAGACUUCAAAUUAUUUGUAGAUAAGGAUGAUAUGAAAUACUUAUGACAACCAAUCUUGUUUUGCAGGGGUGUUUUUACAUAUCGUAGCCGACACUCUGGGCAGCGUGGGAGUGAUCAUCUCAGCCAUCCUGAUGCAGAAGUAUGACCUGAUGAUCGCUGACCCCAUCUGCUCCAUGUGCAUCUCCAUUCUCAUCGGAGUCAGGUGAGAUGACCGUACACAGUAGUACAAUUCCCAACAGGUCACACACUCAUUUUACAGAUAUUCCCGUAAAAGAGAAACUUGAAAGCCAUCGUCAAACUUCUGCAGGAAAGUAGCACACACCCAGGGCUAGAUUUAGAAAGGGUUUUCACCAGUACAGUUUGGAAGAGUUAUCUUCAGGAUGGAAUAAAAUACCUUAAGUACAGCUCAAACCAGGACAGACCUUCUCUUACCUUUAGGUUAUAUAACCUUUCUUUGUUUGAUUUUUGCACUAGUGCAAACACUUCUUAAAACAUGGCCCAAUAGUUGUGAUUAGUGUUGUUCACUUUGAUUGUUUUCGCCUUGCCAUGGUAACAACAGAGAACUCCAGAGAAAUUUCACAAGAAUCCCCAUCCAUUGAUUGCUCCACAAGUAGAGCCGAACCCAAGGAAUAUUGCACACUGGCUUCUCCCAUGACAUUGAAUAUAGGUAUUCGUAUUCAGCUAAAUGUCAUUAGUAGGGCUGUGCUGAUACCAGUAUUACGAUGUUUUUUCAGUGGCUAAAAUGAAAACACGAAGCAGACCAAACUCUUUGGUCCUGUUAGGUUCUGAACAAACAGAGUAAAAACUCAAAUGGACGACUACAAAAAGCUCAAAAGUUUAUUCACCCACUGGGUCAUACAGCUGCAAAGACAAAGCAUGAUUACACAAACACAUAUAUUUAUACCCUCCUACUAGGCGGGGUCAACUCCUUACACAUCUAGACAGCCAAAACAUCUCUGUAGCUAGUCAGGAACUUAAUUGGUUCCUCUCACUGGUGUAGUCAUGGCCCUAACUGAUGCUAGAACCUUCGUGGGCGUGAAAUGUAUGUAUGUUUGUGUGAGAUAGGACUGUAGUAGGAGGGUCGUUGUGGUGGGCCCCUCUGGCCCCCCUCCCAGAGGUUUCUCCUCAAUUCAACUGUUGACAUGACCUCGAGCCGAAUUCCUCGCUCCUCCAUAGUUCCACAGAUGGCCUGCCUUAUCAGGAAUUGAAACUAGACUGUUGCCCUUUGCCUCCCUCCUUAGAAACAGAAUAUUAACUUUCUGUAUUUCCCCUUGUCUCACUCAGUAACUUUUAAUUCCCCUAAUUUCCUAUCCAUCCUUCAUUGACCCCAACAUAUACAUUCCUUAUACAUGUAAAGUAAUCAAUAAGUUCUAGUAUGUUAACAUGAAUAAGUACAUUUCAAGCUAGAAUCCAACAGUCCUUUAAAAACCUGCUGUAUGUAAAAUAUUGUGUGCUAUAGGUUGCAAAAUAAAUACAUUUGACUCUGGAUGACAACAUGAUGAAGUUUUGUUUCCAAAAUUAGGGCUGUUUUCCUAAAGAAGUCAAAUUUGUUUUGUGUUUGGUUUCCCUGCCACGAUACUAACGAGUAUCGCGAUACAGGUGUCGUCCCGGCCCUACUCUUUAGUGGUGGAUCAGUCUUCACCGUAGACCCACUGCUCCUGGUGCUGCAGAACAAGAUGAAAUGACAGAGAAGGCCUGCAUGCAUUCAGGCAUGUUGUCGCACUGCUUCAAACUGGCCGCUGUUCAUCUUUCUCAAACGCUGCCACCUUCACUGUAAGGUGUCUUUGUGUCUCCCAGAACAUAUGGCAUCCCAGAAAUCAUUCUCUGUCCUGCUUUGUAGCGUUCUUCAAACAUUUACUGCCAAGAUGCUGCCAAGUAGACUUGUUUAUGCUGUGUAAGAUUCAUGUUCUGAACACAAAGGGUUGGAUUCAAUCCGUAUCGCUGAAGUAUUGCGGAAGAUCCGUGUUAUAGCUCGAUUUAAAUUUAGUGUUCCCUCGUUCGCGGAGACUGCAUUCACAGUAAAUGCUGCAUAUGUCGGCUCAAUCGGAAAUGACCUUUACAUUUUAACACAGAUCUUCAGCAAUACGGAUUGAACCCAGCCCUAAAGCUGCCCAGCAUUGAUUGGGAAGUUCUGUGUAGCCUAUAUCUGACUUAGGGAGCUGAAGUCAACAUUACAUCAGGUUUCAGCCCAACAUCAUUUUUCCUUGAUUCCCAACAGAGACAGUGUAAGUUGCUGUAGCCCAACUUUUAGACAGCGUAUGGCCCUGGGAGAGGUGACAUUUUGGCAUCUUAAUAAUAUAUCUUGCUUUUCAUAUUUUGUUACCCAGUGAUUGA